AUGUCACAAGAUCAUGAGCAGCAGUGCAUUCUCAUUCUGGUGGAAGAACCGUUUUAUCUAUCAAAUAAUCAAAAUUCCUUUCGGAUAAAGUUGAAAGAAAAGUUUACGCAACUGGGAAAAGGUUAUUCGAAAUGGAUUGAAGCUAAAGUGAAAUAUAUUAAAGAACAACGUGAGAGAAGAGUUUCAAAUUCACUGUUGCAAGUCAACUUUCUUCCUAUUGAAUUCUUAUUUGAUGAUUAUUUGGUGAUUCAAGCAAUGAAAUCAAUUCGUCCAAAAUAUUCGAAUCUUGUCAGAGAUUUACCAUUUAUUUUGAACAGAAAAUCAUUAUUCGAACUGGCAUUCAAGGAAUGGUUCUGCGAUCCUCUCCUUCAAUCCUCAGAAACUUCUAAAUCAGAUCUUGACAUUGCUCACAUGCUCGUUCAAUUUCAAGGAAGACAUUUGGCGUUUCUGUCAGAGGAAUGUCAAUCAGACAAGAGAAUUGUUUUAUCUGCUGUGAAGAAUGAUGGGUGGGCUUAUCUGUAUGCUAGUGAGGAUUUGAAAAAUGAUCCUGAAAUUAUUAUGGCAGCUGUCAAAUCAGAUUCAAUAACUUUGGAAGAAUCUGUAUUCGAAAGAUAUCCUGAAAUAGCUGUAGAAUAUCUAGUUCAGCAUUACAACACUUCACUUUCUUAUCUUUUUAAGGAUAAACAUGUGGUUUUAGAAGCAAUUAAAAGAAAUGUGAAUGUCUAUUCGAAUUCAAAUAUGAAAGACGAAUUGAAGAAAGAUAGAGAAAUAAUUUUGGCAAUUGCUCCAGUCAACAUAACCCUCCUGGAUCAUGUUAAAGGUAUAGAUUUAUUGCAAGAUAGAGAUUUUUGCCUUCAAUUAGUGAAAAUUAAUUAUUUAGCUUUCAGAUAUCUAUCUGAAAGUAUUAGAAACAAUGAUGAAGAAAUCUUAUUGAACUGUUUGCAACAUGAUCCAAGCUUACUUGAACAAUCAGAAUUGAGAAAUAAUAAGCAAUUUAUAUUGAAAGCACUCAAUCAUGAUUGUAAAAUUCUUCCUUACAUUCCUGCUGAACUAAUUAAGGAUGAAAGUUUUGAGAAUUUUAAAGAAAAUGAAAAAUCAGAAAGUUUACAAUUGGAAGACGAUUCAAAUGACAUGUUUAUGGUGGGUAAUUAUGAAGAGAAUGAUGAGUUUAUUGAAGAAGAGGAAGUGAAAAAACCAAACAAACGAAAAGAUUUCGAAUUGUUGUUCAAACAAAAUGAUAGAAAGGGAAUUUUGGAAGUUAUUCGAAAUGAUGCUUCUUUAAUGAGAUUUGCAAAGGAAGAUUUGUUAAAAGACAGUCAGUUUGCUAUGGAAUGUGUUAUGGUAAAUCAGAAUUGCAUUGAAUAUUUUCCAUUCUUCAAGAAUGAUAAGGAUUUCGUUUUGAAAGUUAUAGACCUCGGUAAUUUCACAAAUAUUAGUCUAGCAGAAUCACUUGUUUCAGAUUUGGAUUUCAAACAGAAGAUCGCUGACUUGAUAUUGCAAAGAAAGGUAGUUUUCACUCAAGUUCCAAACUUUCUUACAGACAAUGAAGAAAUUUUGCUUUCGUCCAUGAAAGUGAAUCAAUACAAAUUCUCCUAUCAACAAAUUCCAAAGAAUCUGAUAGAAAAUAGAGAGUUUGUUAUGAAGGCAUUGAAAUUAUCCCCUGCGUUUUAUUUGGCUAUUGAUUUGAAUCAUGAUGAAGAGUAUCGAAUGGCAGCUCUUAAAUAUCAUGGAUUGAUUGCUGACUUUUCACACAUCAAUAGUCAAGAGGAAUUUGAUAUUCUGUUGCGUGAGAGAAUGAAUUAUGCAUAUGGAGGUGGAACAUUCCAUUUACAUUAA